CUCGGAUAAUUAGAAUGCCAACUAUUAACUAUUGAUGGUCCGUAUGUAUCGUUGUUGUUUACGAGCCGAGCCCCACACACACACGCAUACGCACAAUAUCCCUUCCAAUCUAAGUCUCUCUCUCUCUCCCCCUGUCUUAGUCUUCUCACCAACACUAAACACCCUCCAAGCCUUCUCUCAUUCUGUGCAAAACCCAAAAACACUCUGUGUUUUUUGUUCUCUCUGUUUUUUUUGGGCUCUGAUGAGGAAACUGUGUCCAAACUUUGAUCGUGAAGAUGGGCUUGAUACGGUCCUGGAAGUGCCAGUCCCAGAAGAGACGUUUGCCUCUGCCAACAAGAACCAUAGCAAAUCAUGGCAAAACAUGAAAGCAUGGAUGAAACCGAGCAGUGAGAGAUCACCAGCAGCAGCGCUUCUUGGAAGCCGCAACACAGAGAUCCAGCUCUUGCUCGGCGUCAUCGGUGCUCCAUUGAUUCCUCUGCCCAUCCGUUGCGAUCAUCGGCUAAUCAACCGCAUCGUAAAGGACCAUCCCCUCGAGGCUUCGAUGGCGAAAUACAUUCUGCAGCAAUACGUGGCGGCAGUCGGGGGAGAAAAGGUAUUGAAUUCGAUGGACAGUAUGUAUGCAAUGGGGAAGGUGAAAAUGGCGGCGUCAGAGUUCUGUGCAGGGGAUGGAACGUUGAACAACAAGGCUGUGAAGAUGAAGUGUUUGAGAAAUGGCGGAGGAGAGAUGGGUGGGUUCGUGCUGUGGCAGAAGAAGCCUGAUUUGUGGUGCUUGGAGCUGGUAGUUUCCGGGUGCAAGAUUAGUGCUGGUAGUGAUGGAAAAGUGGCUUGGAGACAGACCCCAUGGCACCAUUCUCAUGCCUCCAGAGGUCCUCCCAGGCCUCUUCGUCGUUUCUUGCAGGUUCUUGAUCCAAAGUGCACAGCCAAUUUGUUCUCCAACUCCGUCUACAUUGGGGAGAAGGCAAUCAACAAUGAGGACUGCUUUAUACUAAAACUUGAAGCAGAAUCCACUACUCUACAGGCAAGAAGCAGCAACAAAGUAGAAAUAAUGCAACACACGGUUAGAGGAUGUUUCAGCCAGAGAACAGGGUUGUUAGUCCACUUACAGGACUCUCACCGCCUGAGGAUCAAAACCCUUGGAACUGAUACCAUGUUUUGGGAGACCACAAUGGAAUCAUUGAUCGAAGACUACCGAAAUGUCGAUGGUGUCAGCAUUGCACACAAGGGUAGGACUUCAGUCUCAUUGUUCAGGUUGGAUGAAGACUUGCAUACCCUUUCCAGGACAAGAAUGGAAGAGGUUUGGACAAUAGAAGAAGUGGACUUCUACAUAAAAGGGUUGUCAAUGGAUUGCUUUCUGCCUCCUAGUGACUUGAAGAAAGAGGAAGACGAAUGUGGUGGCGUUGGUGGUGUGCUUAGCGUUAAUGCUCGCUUGCCAUUCAAGAUUCGACCUGCCUCUAAUAGGAUUAGUGCUUCUUAAGUAGCUGCAAUCGAUUCGUCGGAAUCAUCGGACAGUACUGAAGAAGAUGAUGAUGACUCGUAGAUUUUGGUUCUGAUGAAUCAAUCUUGUAUAUAUAUAUAUCGUCAAUUCAUAUGCUAAUUUUGUAGCAAUUGAUAUCAAUUGCUAUGCAUAUUUAUGCAAACAGUAUUAGUUUUUCUUUUCCGUCACUACUACAUGAGGAGAGAAGAACACAUUGUCACAUAUCAUAUUGAAAGUAGUCAGCUAUAAAUGAGACCUGGAUUACCAACUU